GUCCAGAAAUGAUUUUUUUUUUUCAACGAAUUUAGGAUUUUGCCGCAGUGUUCAUCUGCAGUCCCAGAAUCCUCCGGGCAUCUGAAGCUCAGCGCACAACUGCUGUGACACUGCUGCGUGGACAAUGGCUACUCAAGCUGACCUGAUGGAGUUGGACAUGGCCAUGGAGCCUGACAGAAAAGCUGCUGUCAGCCACUGGCAGCAGCAGUCUUACUUGGAUUCUGGAAUCCAUUCUGGUGCCACCACCACAGCUCCUUCCCUGAGUGGCAAGGGCAAUCCUGAGGAAGAAGAUGUGGACACCUCCCAAGUCCUUUAUGAGUGGGAGCAAGGCUUUUCCCAGUCCUUCACGCAAGAGCAAGUAGCUGAUAUUGACGGUCAGUACGCCAUGACUCGGGCUCAGAGGGUCCGAGCUGCCAUGUUCCCUGAGACACUAGAUGAGGGCAUGCAGAUCCCAUCCACACAGUUUGACGCUGCUCAUCCCACUAAUGUCCAGCGCUUGGCUGAACCAUCACAGAUGCUGAAACAUGCAGUUGUCAAUUUGAUUAACUAUCAGGAUGACGCGGAACUUGCCACACGGGCAAUUCCUGAGCUGACAAAACUGCUAAAUGAUGAGGACCAGGUGGUAGUUAAUAAAGCUGCUGUUAUGGUCCAUCAGCUUUCCAAAAAGGAAGCUUCCAGACAUGCCAUCAUGCGCUCUCCUCAGAUGGUGUCUGCCAUUGUACGCACCAUGCAGAAUACAAAUGAUGUAGAAACAGCUCGUUGUACCGCUGGGACUCUACACAACCUUUCUCACCAUCGUGAAGGCUUGCUGGCCAUCUUUAAAUCUGGUGGCAUCCCAGCACUGGUGAAAAUGCUUGGGUCACCAGUGGAUUCCGUACUGUUCUACGCCAUCACGACACUGCACAAUCUCCUGCUCCAUCAGGAAGGAGCUAAAAUGGCAGUGCGCCUAGCUGGUGGGCUGCAGAAAAUGGUUGCUUUGCUCAACAAAACAAACGUGAAAUUCUUGGCUAUUACAACAGACUGCCUUCAGAUCUUAGCUUAUGGCAAUCAAGAGAGCAAGCUGAUCAUUCUGGCCAGUGGUGGACCCCAGGCCUUGGUAAACAUAAUGAGGACCUACACUUACGAGAAGCUUCUGUGGACCACAAGCAGAGUGCUGAAGGUGCUGUCUGUCUGCUCCAGCAACAAGCCGGCCAUCGUGGAAGCUGGUGGGAUGCAAGCACUGGGGCUCCAUCUGACAGACCCGAGUCAGCGACUUGUUCAGAACUGCCUCUGGACUCUGAGAAACCUUUCAGAUGCAGCGACUAAGCAGGAAGGGAUGGAAGGCCUCCUUGGGACUCUAGUGCAGCUUCUGGGUUCUGAUGAUAUAAAUGUGGUCACCUGUGCAGCUGGAAUUCUCUCUAACCUCACUUGUAAUAAUUACAAAAACAAGAUGAUGGUGUGCCAAGUGGGUGGCAUAGAGGCUCUUGUCCGCACUGUCCUUCGUGCCGGUGACAGGGAGGACAUCACUGAGCCUGCCAUCUGUGCUCUUCGUCAUCUGACCAGCCGGCAUCAGGAAGCUGAGAUGGCCCAGAAUGCCGUUCGCCUUCACUAUGGACUACCUGUUGUGGUUAAACUCCUGCACCCACCAUCCCACUGGCCUCUGAUAAAGGCAACUGUUGGAUUGAUUCGAAACCUUGCCCUUUGCCCAGCAAAUCACGCGCCUUUGCGAGAACAGGGUGCUAUUCCACGGCUAGUUCAGCUGCUUGUACGAGCGCAUCAGGACACCCAACGGCGCACCUCCAUGGGUGGAACACAGCAGCAAUUUGUGGAGGGUGUCCGCAUGGAGGAGAUAGUUGAAGGGUGUACUGGAGCUCUCCACAUCCUCGCUCGGGAUGUUCACAACCGGAUCGUAAUCCGAGGACUCAAUACCAUUCCACUGUUUGUGCAGUUGCUUUAUUCUCCCAUUGAAAAUAUCCAAAGAGUAGCUGCAGGGGUCCUCUGUGAACUUGCUCAGGACAAGGAGGCCGCAGAGGCGAUUGAAGCUGAGGGAGCCACAGCUCCCCUGACAGAGUUACUCCACUCCAGGAACGAAGGCGUGGCAACAUACGCAGCUGCUGUCCUAUUCCGAAUGUCUGAAGACAAGCCACAGGAUUACAAGAAGCGGCUUUCGGUGGAGCUGACCAGUUCCCUCUUUAGGACAGAGCCAAUGGCUUGGAAUGAGACUGCUGAUCUUGGACUGGACAUUGGUGCCCAGGGAGAAGCCCUUGGAUAUCGCCAGGAUGAUCCCAGCUAUCGUUCCUUCCACUCUGGUGGAUACGGCCAGGAUGCCUUGGGGAUGGACCCUAUGAUGGAGCAUGAGAUG